UUCUCUGCUCUCAUUGUUCUUUCUUCUGUAUCCAACUUGUCAGGUUGCUGGCUCUUUUAAUACUCUUGUCUUCUCUCUCCUUCUCCCCCUCCCUCUCGCGCAUGACCUUGCAGCAGUAGAAAACGGAAAACCUUCUCUGCACAAGGAAGUUACAAUGCAGGCAAGAACGGUUCAAGUGAAGAAUUUAUCAGAUCUAGCAAGUGAAAGAGAGAUUCAUGAGUUCUUCUCUUUCUCUGGUGAAAUUGAACACAUUGAGAUCCAACGUGAAAAUGGGCAAUCAAAGACUGCAUUUGUUACAUUCAAAGAAGCUAAAGCACUUGAAAUUGCAUUGUUGUUAUCGGGAGCAACUAUAGUGGACCAGAUAGUGAGUAUAACUCCUGCAGAAAAUUAUGUUCCAAAUCGUGAGCUACAAGAAGUAAGAAGGGUAGACAAUGCUGUGUCUGCUAUUCCAGCUGAAGGUUUUCCAUCUGAUGUUGAGGAGUCUAAAACUAGUCCAACUGGCAAUGGAAGAGUGUAUGUCAGUAAAGCACAAGAAGUGGUUUCAAAUAUGCUGGCAAAGGGUUCAGCUUUUGGUCAAGAUGCAAUGAAUAAGGCCAAGGCUUUUGAUGAAAAACAUCGCUUGACUGCUAGUGCAUCUGCCAAGGUAAUUUCCUUUGAUCGACGAGUUGGGCUUACAGAGAAAUUGACAGUUGGCAUUUCAGCAGUCAAUGAAAAAGUUAAGUCUGUGGAUCAAAGGCUUCAUGUUUCAGAUAAGACAAUGGCAGCUAUAUUUGCAGCAGAAAGGAAGAUAAAUGACACAGGAUCAGCUGUCAAAUCAAGCAGAUAUGUGACAGCUGGAACAGCUUGGCUAAAUGGUGCCUUUAGUAAGGUGGCAAGGGCUGGUCAGGCUGCUGGAACAAAAACCAGAGAGAAGUUCAAUUUGGCUGUUUCAAACCUGACUUCCAAGGACUCUCCCAUUGCUGUAUAAGCAAGAAGUUGGUGUCACUGUAAGCUGCUAAAUCAGAUCUUUUUCAACAAAUGCAUUGAACCCCUUCAUGUGCUCCAAUCAUCAAGUUCGGGGAAUAGUAUGUAGCUACUGCAGCUGCAGGUCUGCUUGCUGGUGGAGGAUGAGAGAAAUUUGUGCCGUGUUCCCUUUAUGCGUAUUGAUUGACCUUUUGGUUUGAUGUGUGUGCAAUUAUCGCAAAACUAGCAUUGCUCUGCUUUUCAAUAUUCUUUGAUUUCUAGGAUGAUGUCUAUGGCUUCCUUGUAAUUUUCACCGUCCGCAGCAAUGCUUAUUCUUUUAACGCUGAAUGAAAAAUUAAAUUCACAUUGCCUGGGAAGGAAACGAUGUCGUGUGUCAGUUAUGACUUUGAUUUAUAGUUUCUAAGUUUUUGAGUCUUUAGAGUAUAACAAUUCAUUUCAUCUCUUGCAGUGGUAGAACGUUAUUUGAAUUAAUGAAUUAAGAGGUCUAUUGGCAGUUUGCUGAUGAUUUUUUGCA